AUGUCUGAGAUGAUUAAUGUUUCAACCAUUAAGCUUUUCGGGAGAACGAUAUUUCUAACACACAACACUGACGUCUUUACCAAUGAUUCUUCUCAACACAAUUCCACUAAACUAGAUGAUCAAAUUGAUAUAUCACAAGACAAAUCUCCAAAGAAACCAGACAUAACUGUUCCAUGUCCAAGAUGCAAAAGCACGGACACAAAAUUCCGCUACUACAACAACUUGAAAGCCAAACAGCCCAGACACUUCUGCAAAAACUGCCAGAGAUACUGGACUUCUGGAGGUACCGCCAGAAAGAUGCUUGUAGGAGCAGGUCGCCGUAAGAACAAGUUCACUAAUUUUCCACUAGAUGUCUUGCAUUAUUCUCAAAUGAGUAAUGUCUUGACCUUUGGAUCAAAUUCUUCUGACAAAAACUUGAAUGUGGGAUCAUAUGAUGAAACAUUUGAUAAGAGUUAUCAAAGUUUUUCUGAACAGUGUCCGUGGAACCCUGCAAUGUGUUAUCCUAAUAAAGCACACUAUGGUGGUUUGUUGCAACCAUUAUGGAAUGUUCAAUCUGUGCAAACACAAUCUUGUGGCCUAAGUAAACCUACAGAUGGAGACAUGAUGAUUCAUCCCAACUCAGAGCAUGAAAAACUUCGCUUAAAAAGUAACAACAAAGAAGGUAAUGAUACUAAUGAAGAAUUGGUUCCUACGUUACUAAGAUUUGACGACCCUAAUGAUGUUGUAAUGAGUUCUAUAUGGUCAACAAUAGGAAUCGAGAACGCGACAGGAAUUUUCAAGGGAUUUGGAUCUAAUGACAAGAACCAUUUGGUUGAAGCAUCUUCAUCAGUUUUGAAAGUUAACCCUGCAGUUUUACCAAGGUCUAUUGUGUUUCAUGUGAUGAUUUGA